UAACGCGCCGCCCGCUGAAAUCUCCUAUUCCUCCUCCCAUCCCUUCGCCUCUUCCCUCCCCUUUCGGCAUCUCGUCGAUCAACCACGCCUAGCCAACGAUGUCGUCCGACGCGCCCCAGCCGAUCCAGAGCCCCAAGGCCGCCGUCGACUCCCUCGCCGCCAUCCUCGGCAACGCUCUCCCAGACUCUCUCGCUGGGGCCGACGAUCCCGCAUCCGCACUCCUCCACGACGACGGUGUCUCCCGCGCCGUCUCGGGACGCCUCCGCGGCGCCGGCUCGGGCGCAGGCCACGACGCGAUCUGCGGCUGGCUCUACGGCGCCUUCCAGUCCGGCAUCCCGGCGCUCCAGCUCGCGGUGCUGCGCUUCGUGCCGACGCUCGCGGGAGUGUACAUGUCCCGCGCCGUCUCCCGGAAACCCCUCGCCGGGUUCGAGGCCGUGAUCCUCACGCUGUACGCGCACGCCGUGGCGCAGCGGGGCGCCGGGGAGGCCGAGACGGUCGCGCUGCCCAACAUGGCCAGCCCCAGCGUGUACCACGAGGCGGUCAAGCCGGCCGCGGCGCCCGCGGCGGCCGCCAAGCCUGCCAAGCCCGCCGACCCCGACCCCGACGUCGUCGCCGAGCUCUCCCCCGCGCUGGAGCCGCACGGCACCAUGCGCGCCAUGCGACGCGCCCGCAUCGUCGGCGCCGUGCUGGAGCUCUACUACGGUAGGCUCGCGCUCAUGCCGCUCUCCUCCAAGAUGGACUUCUGCGAGUUCUGCGUCGCGUGGUCGGGGAAGCACGGCGGCAACGACAAGCCUCGCGUCGCGUCCGCGCGAUCCCCCGAGGGCGGCGAGGAGAAGUGGCGGAGGGUGCCGCUGCCGUGGGAGCUGUUCCAGCCGGCGCUGCGGAUCGUCGGGCACUGCUUGCUUGGCCCCGCCAACUCCGACGAGCUGAGGGCGCAGGCCGCCCGGGCGGCGCAGUGCCUCUACCUGAGGGCCAUGGAGACCAUGGACGCGCGCGCCGUGCUGGCCUGCAGGAGCCUCAUCAGGCUGUCGCAGAUGGUGGAGGAGCCCAUCCCGGAGCCGUCAUUCAACGCCAUCGAGGCCAACAUGGCAGAGCUGGAGGCCAUGAGGGCUAACAUCCUUAGCGGGAAGAACUAACAGAUCGUCAUUUGACGAUCAGCAUAUGCAAUUUGAUUAUAAUUUGUAAUCAGGGAUUCAGAGGGACUAAUUCAGGCAUUGCAGCCACAGCAACAUACAUGGAUAGCUUUUUUUUUCUCCUGUUUUCCUUUUGUUAACCAGACAUCAAAGCUCAGAACAAUCCCCUUCUGUUUUAUUA